AUGAGUCUGAACAAUUCCAGCAUGGAUGAGGCUGGCUUGGUGGUGGAGAGAGAUUUCUCCUUCCGAAUCCUCACCGCCUGCUUCCUGUCCGUCCUCAUCCUCUCCACGCUGCUGGGGAACACACUUGUGUGCGCCGCCGUGAUCCGCUUCCGACACCUGCGCUCCAAGGUGACCAACUUCUUUGUCAUCUCCUUAGCGGUCUCGGAUCUCCUGGUGGCCGUGCUGGUUAUGCCCUGGAAAGCCGUGGCUGAGAUCGCUGGCUUUUGGCCCUUUGGGUCUUUCUGUAACAUCUGGGUGGCCUUUGAUAUCAUGUGUUCCACGGCGUCCAUCCUGAACCUGUGCGUCAUCAGCGUGGACAGGUAUUGGGCCAUUUCCAGCCCUUUCCAGUACGAGCGCAAGAUGACCCCCAAGGUGGCUUUUAUUCUCAUCAGCGUGGCGUGGAUGUUGUCUGUUCUCAUCUCCUUUAUCCCAGUCCAGCUUAGCUGGCACAAAGCGAAACCCGCCAACCCCUUGGAAGGGAACGCCACGUUCCUGGAGGAAGCCACGGAUAACUGUGACACGAGGCUCAGCCGGACCUACGCCAUUUCCUCCUCCCUCAUCAGCUUUUAUAUCCCAGUGGUCAUCAUGAUCGUGACCUAUACGAGCAUCUACAGAAUCGCCCAGAAGCAGAUCCGCCGCAUCUCAGCUCUGGAAAAGGCGGCGGUCCAUGCCAAACACUGUCAGAGCGCCACGGGCAAUGGGAACCUCGUGGAAUGCUCUCAGUCGGAAAGUUCCUUCAAGACGUCCUUCAAGAGGGAGACCAAAGUCCUCAAGACCCUGUCGGUGAUCAUGGGGGUGUUCGUGUGCUGCUGGCUCCCGUUUUUCAUCUCGAACUGCAUGGUGCCCUUCUGCGAGCCCGGGGAGACUCAGUCCUUCUGCAUUGACUCCAUCACCUUCGAUGUGUUUGUGUGGUUCGGCUGGGCCAAUUCCUCCUUGAACCCCAUCAUCUAUGCGUUUAAUGCGGAUUUCCAGAAAGCGUUUUCCACCCUCCUAGGCUGCUAUAGGCUCUGCCCUGCCACGAACAACGCCAUUGAGACGGUCAGCAUCAAUAACAACGGGGCCACGGUGUUUUCCAGCCACCACGAGCCCCGAGGCUCCAUCUCCAAGGAGAGCAACUUAGUGUAUCUGAUCCCGCACUCCGUGGGCUCCGAGGACCCGAGGAAGGACGAAGCCACCGGGGCAGCCAAACCCUUAGAGAAAUUGUCCCCCGCUCUGUCCGUCAUCCUGGACUGCGACACGGAUGUGUCUCUAGAAAAAGUGCAGCCCAUCACCCACACGGGCCAGCACCCAACUUGAGCUGUUGGAGGAGAUCUUGGCCAUGGGUGUCUGUCCAGAAAGCAAAAGGAAAGGCUGGAGGCAUGGCUCAGGUGGUAGAGUAUCAGCCAGGAAGUGA